AUGUCCACCACCUCCUCCACGUCCAUCACCGAGCGCUUUGAGCGCAGCCUGGCGCUGGGCAAGACGCUGCCGCCGCUGAGCGACAACGCGGCCAAGCUGCAGCUCUACGCGCUGUUCAAGCAGGCGCAGGUCGACCCCAACACCACGUCCCGCCCGGGGAUGCUGGACUUCGUGGGGCGCGCCAAGUGGGACGCCUGGAGCAAGCUCGGAGACAUGACGCUGGACGAAGCCAAGCUCAAGUACAUCGCCAUCAUCGACGAGCUCGCGGCCGAGAACGGUGCAGCCACGCAAGACCAGGAUGCGGCGGCAGAUGCAACUGCUGCGGCCAGCUCUGGCGACCUGCUUGUCGAGAUUUCGUAG